GCUCGUCAACCACUUCGCUAGCUUGCUAGCCAAUACAGCCGAUAUAUUCAAGCUAUUUACACGCUUUCGGUGUAUAUUAACUACUGUGUUUUAGGCACACUUCUGUUGUAUAUACUUGUUAAUCUAUUUAAUUUAAUAUUACGUUAUUUUCUAUUAGUCAGCUAUAGUAGCUGGCUGGUUAAGUUAGCACUAGUCUAGUCGCUAAUAAUUAGCUACCUAGCUAACAUCCCCGACCAUGAGUUCCCUAAACUACUCCCCUCCUGUUAAAGAAGAGGAGGUCUGCUGGACGGAGAAGGAAAGUCUGGGGCUGAACAUUGUCGUGAAAGAGGAGAAGGAAGAGGAGGAUGUUACAGUAAAACAAGUAGAAGGUGAGGCUGUUACAGUGAAAGAAGAAGAGAAAGACGUUUCAGUUAAAGAAGAGGAAGACGCGUUCAGAGUGAAAGAUAAGGAGGAUGUUACAGUAAAAGAAGAGGAGGAUGUCGUUUUUGGGGUGAAGAAGGAAGGAGAGAUUACUGUCACAUUGAAAGAUGAAGAGGAGAUGGGAGAUCUGAUUAACACCAGAGAGAUACGGAACUAUAGUGGAUCCUCUGGGGAGCCUCAACAACCUCAUGAUGCUGAAGAGGCAGAGAAAAGUCUCUCCAGAUCAGAACACCUCAAGAAACACCAGCAGAGACCCACAGGGAAGAGAAUUCACUGCUGCUCUGACUGUGGGAAGAGAUUCACCUCAUCAGGCAUUAAAAUUCAUCAGAGAACACACACAGGAGAGAGACCUUAUAACUGUGUUCAGUGUGGGAAGGGUUUUACUCAGUCAACCAGCCUGAUAUCACACCAGAGAAUACACACAGGAGAUAAACCUUAUAGCUGUGGUCAAUGUGGGAAGAGUUUUAGUCGGUCUGGCUCUCUGACUCAACACCAGAGAAUACACACAGGAGAGAAACCUUAUAGCUGUGGUCAAUGUGGGAAGAGUUUUGGUCAAUCUUGCCAUCUGACAUUACACCAGAGAAUACACACAGGAGAGAGACCUUAUAGCUGUGGUCAAUGUGGGAAGAGAUGUACUACAUCUGGCCGGCUGACAUUACACCAGAGAACACACACAGGAGAGAAACCUUAUAGUUGUGUUCAAUGUGGGAAGAGAUGUACUACAUCUGGCACUCUGACAUUACACCAGAGAACACACACAGGAGAGAAACCUUAUAGCUGUGGUCAAUGUGGGAAGAGUUUUGGUCAAUCUGGCCACCUGAAAAUGCACCAGAGAAUACACACAGGAGAGAAACCUUACAGCUGUGGUCAAUGUGGGAAGAGUUUUGGUCGAUCUGGCCAGCUGACAUCACACCAGAGAAUACACACAGGAGAGAGACCUUAUAGCUGUGGUCAAUGUGGGAAGAGUUUUACUACAUCUGGCUCUCUGACUCUACACCAGAGAACACACACAGGAGAGAAACCUUAUAGCUGUGGUCAAUGUGGGAGGAGUUUUGGUCAAUCUGGCCAGCUGACAAUACACCAGAGAACACACACAGGAGAGAAUCCUUACAGCUGCGAACAAUGUGGGAAGAGAUGUACUACAUCUGGCUCUCUGACUCUACACCAGAGAACACACACAGGAUUGAAACCUUAUAGCUGUGGUCAAUGUGGGAAGAGUUUUGGUCGAUCUUGCUCUCUGACUCUUCACCAGAGAAUACACACAGGAGAGAAACCUUAUAGCUGUGGUCAAUGUGGGAAGAGUUUUGUUCGAUCUGGCCAUCUGACAUCACACCAGAGAACACACACAGGAGAGAAACCUUAUAGCUGUGAUCAAUGUUACAAGAGAUACUCUGAUAAAAGAUCUCUGAUCAAACAUCAGAAAAUACAUACAUGAAGGAGUUAUUUCGUGAUAUCAGUGAUUUUAUGUCACAAAGGAAUUUCACAAUGUAGAACCCUAAACGUUUGCCCCAUUCAAUUGAUUUCAGCGUGAUAUGGAUAUUAGUCUUGGGAAAAAUCCAGGCUCUGAAUUGAAAGAGUACUUUUUAUGUGAUUUAACAAAAAGUGACUAACACAAUAAGAGCUGUGUUACACUUACCAUGUUGGUGACCCACUUGAAUCAAAAUGCAACAGUUCAAAAUGUGGCCAGCUGUUUUCUACAAAUUGUCCUCUAACUAGUGAUGUUAACAUUAGUCCCAGAUGUUGUGUGGGUUUUGAGCUUUUAGUUUUAAUAGAACGUGCAACCUCAUCUCCCUCCUGUCACACAAAUGAUUUUAACAUGAUAUUGAUGAGUUAUGACAAAUAAGUGUUGUGUUCCUUUGUUUAGCGACCCCUACAUUUAAAUGCAUCACUCCAAAAUGUAGCUGACUGUCUUCCGCAGAUUGUCCUCUAACCAGUGAGGUAAAAGAUAUCUCCCAUUUCCAUGUAUUUUUUUAGUUGUGUUAGUUUCAACAGCAAGUACAACCUGAUUUCCCCCCUAAUCGAUAUCAGUGAUUUAUUUCUACUUGUCAAAACGACAGCGUUUUUGGUUCUUCUGCAGUUAAUAAGGUGCUUGGUUGUUUUUAAAAAUACGAUUAUUGUGGCAGAUGUUUGUGUAUAUAGUACAUUUUAUGUUUUCAAUUUAUCACAAACUGCUUUUGCAUUUGGACUAUUGAUUUGGACACGUUAAGACUGUGACAUUGGGGCUAUCCCACCUAGCAAAAUGUUAUUGAAAAUAAGACUAUGCCCGAUCUACAAUAUAAGUUUGGUUUUAAUUGAAAGUGAAAGUUGAAAAGACCAUUUAAUUUCAAUGUACUUGCAGCCUAUACACAUGAACGCAGUAUAAUAAAUCUAUAAUCAGUUUUAGGGACAGGGGUCCAGCUAGUUAUACACUUGGACGCAGUAUAAUGAAUUGAGUCUAUAAUCAGUUUAGGUACAGGAGUCCCGGUAGUCAUGGUAAUAUGGAUCCGCUAGAGGGACAACUUCCUGUUGGAAUAUAUCAUCAUAAAUAUUAUGGAUUUUAACAAGCUUAAAUUCUUGUUAAUCUAACUGCACUGUCUGAUUUACAGUAGCUAUUACAGCGAAAACAUGCCAUGCGAUUGUUUGAGGACGGUGCCCGACAUCAAAAGGAAUCCUAAAAUGUACCCCCAAACUUUGUUUCAACAAGUCAAAAUGCGAAUCCUAUUUACUCCUCAGAUACCCUAAAAUGUCAAACUAUAAUAUUUAUUUUGGAAAGAAGUAUGUUCAAUAGGAAACCGAUUUUAGCAGGUGCGUAAUGUCUUCAUAGCGCGCAAACAAGAAUUUCCACGACUGUGUCCCUCUACUAAAACUGAUAUUUCUUAUUCGUUUUUGAAGUUACAAGCCUGAAACCUUGAAUAUAGACUGCUGACACCCGGUGGAAGCCAUAGGAAUUGCAUGCAGGGAGCCUUUCUCUUGCGAUUCUAAGAGGAUGGUCUCUGAUUUGUUUUCCUUUGGCUUUUCUCCAUUCCUCUACAUUAUUUUAGCAUUUCUACAAACCUCAAAGUGUUUUCUUUCUAAUGGUAUCAAUUAUAUGCAUAUCAUGGCUUCAGGGCCUGAGCUACAGGCAGUUUACUUUGGGCACAAAAUAAUGUAUGAGACUAUAACACAAUUGAUAUGGCAGGCGAAAAUCCAAAACCAACGGGAAUUGUUUUGGAGCUCCUAGGGUCUUAUAAUAGAAAGCUAUGGGUUCUAUGUAAUUCCAGCUCCCAGAUUGCAAUUCCUAUAGCUUCCACUAGAUGUCAGUCUUUGUUCAUUGAUUCAGGCUUGUUUCUUCAAAAACUAGCAAGAAUUUGACGUUUUUGUAGAAGGAGUCCCCGUACAAUAUCAGUCUGUUGGCGCACUAUGAAGAUGACGCCGCGUGCGCUUGCUAAUUUUACUUUUCUAUUGAACAUACUUCUUUCCGUAUGAAAUUUUAUAGUUUAUUUAGAUUUUAGGAUACCUGAGAAUUAAAUAGAGACGUAGUUUGACUUGUUUAUACAAAGUUCAGCGGUAGCUUUUUUGACUCCUUUGUCUGCAUGUUGAAUGAGUGGAUUACUGAAAUCGAUGGCACCAACUGAACUGACUUUUUGGGAUACAAGAAUUUUAUCUAACAAAACGACCAUUCAUGUUGUAGCUGGGACCCUUGGGAUUGCAAACAGAGGAAGAUUUUCAAAUAUAAGUGAUUUAUUUAAUCGCUAUUUGUGAUUUUUAUGAAGCCUGUGCUGGUUGGAAAAUAUGUUGUGCCGUCCUCAAACAAUCGCAUGCUUUCGCUGUAAAGCCUAUUGUAAAUCGGACAAUGCAGUUCGAUUAACAAGAAUUUAAGAUACUUGUAUGUAAGUUCAAACCCCUGAGCUGACAAGUACAAAUCUGUCGUUCUGCCCCUGAACAAGGCAUUUAACCCACUGUUCCUAGGCCAUCAUUGAAAAUAAGAAUUUGUUCUUAACUGACUUGCCUAGUUAAAUAAAGGUAAAAUAAAUGUUCAUAAAUGUUUAAUAUUAUGAUUAUUUAUUUGAAUCGCGCGCCCUCCAAUUUCACCGGAUGUUGUUGGCAGGUGACCAGCUAGCGGGAGGCCUAGCCUUACUAAGGGGGAAGGUGUUACAGGCUUUGGUUUUUCCAUUUAUGUUUUCUUGCUGGGGAACGUAACAACAAACAAUGUAGUAAAAACAAGCUGAUAUUUUGGGUUGGAUGUUGCAUCCAAUUGUUCAUAUUUUAAUCAAUGGCAUUUUCUUAGAAUGUUCAUUAGUCUUUCAGUUGUUAAUCUUCUGUUUUUUAUCCUCUUAUGUUUGUUGUGGUAAAUAUUUGUUUAUUUUCAUUGUUUUUUCCUGUGAAGCCAUUGUGUUGCAUCCAUGUCUGAAAUGUGCUGUAUAAAUAAAGCUUGAUUUGAACAUAUAGUAAAACAAAUGAACCCAAUGUCUGACCAAUCAACAGACUCUUGCGAAACCAAUGAACAAAUAUGUGCAAAAGCAAAACAUAUCUUGGUCCAUCUUAGUAUAAAUUCAGUUUCUCUCCCACUAUGUCAAUAUAGUGCAUGGUAUGUAAGUUCAAUAUCACUUUUCAACCAACCCAGUUAAUUUGUUGAAAAUAAAAAAAAUUGAAAUCAACAA